CGAUAGUUCUUAUCGGUUUAUAAAAUGUGCGCUGUAUGCUAAGAAUUUUGUAAACAAAUCAUAUUGACCAAAAUGGAGAGAGAAACAGAAAGCUUGAAGGAAUUUCUUACGGAUCUCGUUGUGCCGCAUCACCGCUGCAAUGUCAACAUCAUACCAGAUCACAUUACCAUGCUUCACGGCACGAAGUCAAAGAAGCAACACACACGCAAGCGUCGCGCUCACAAAUCGAACAGCCUGACGAGGCGCGAAUAUGCAGAGCUCGGACUCAAUACUCUGCCUACACGUCAAAUGCGCUACGAACAGGCACUACCGCUGCACAAGCUCUGGCGUGGCUACAUACGCGAGCAUCUGGGUCUAAAAGAGGGCGAAGAGGUGCCGCAGUUGCAUGAAAAACGCUACGACGAAUUUAGCCGGCAAUUGGUAAAAAUGGAUUUGCAUGGAGCCAAGCUGCGAGUGCACCAAUCCAAAUGCCCCACUCUCGUGGGCCUCAGUGGAAUCUGCGUCAUGGACACCAAGAACGUGCUGAAGCUGCUGGGUGAGGAUCAUCGCGUGCGCACGAUACCCAAGAGCGAAUGCGUGUUCAGCCUCCACGUGGACAGCAUGGAUUUCAUCAUCUUCGGACAGCAUUUAAAUAUGCGCCCAGCGGAGCGAAGUGUGAAGAAGAUUAAAAACUAUGUGGAGCCAUUCAUGUAGCACAAAUUGUAAAACAUUUAAGCUUUUCCUUUGCUUUAUAUAAAAUCGUACGCCC